AUGAUAAAAAGAGAGAGGACGAGAGAGCCAGAAGCAGCCAGAAUGAUAAAAUUAAUAUACGAAAAAAAAUACACCAACGUUCGAGACGUCGACGAAAUAAAAAUAAUCGUAAAAGAAUUGGCCGUAAAAUUCGGUGUAAUUCAUACUCACGAGAAGACGAAGAAAACGACAACGACGGACUGGCACACGCCGGUGGCAAAGCAAUCCAACGACGGCUGUUCAAGAAGUCUUGGUGGACCAAAAGAGGAUACAAAAUACGACGGCAACAAAAAUGGACGGUCGACCAACUGUGAUGACGUUCGCUGUGCGUAUAUCGCACGGACUACGGAUGUAUCGCGCACGAGGAGUAUCGCUCACAAAAUGGAAGGUGAACGGGAAAAACGUCGCCGUCGAAUGGGAAAUGCGGAGUAG